CCAACUACUUCUGUUGUUUUUGUUUUUCGUUUCGGAGCAUUUCAGAAGAAGUCUAGAAGUGCACGACACCUGUGACAAGAGGUUAAAUUACGGUAAACGGCGCAUCCGCGACUAUUUGUCAUAUGUAGGCAUGUAUCUCAUUCAUCGAAACUGACCAACGGAUGGAAGCAGCCUCCGAGCGAUGACGGCUUGCGCGAUUCACUAAUCGUAACGACGUCAAAGUGACGCGUAAGCACGAAAUUACGAGAGAUGCGACAUCGAAUUCUUCAAUCCGCCGCAGUUCGCAUGCCCUGCAUUUUUGCCGGAAUCCUGACAACAGCUUCAGAAUAAAAUACGGCAAUUGCCGAAUGCACAGUCAACGAUUGUAAAACAAUGCGCCGCCCUUACCCUCACCUAGAGCGGACGCAUUCGUGGUUGUACCGCCACGCAGAGCCUACCACAUCACAAUUCACCGCAUAAGAUAAACUUCCUAUCCACUUACUUCUGUCUCUAUUAACUACGCUCGACAGUCAGUCCGGACUUAACCACCUCCUUGCCUCAUGUACGCAUUUAAGCCAUUACCGAUGCUACGACCCACCGCAUCCAGGCUUAUCAGCAGACUCUCAAGGCACGCCUGGCGCUGGAUAAUGCGCAUCGCGCCGAUCCUCCUGGUGCUGCCACUGUUCUUACAAUGGCUGAUCGGAUACCUGGUAGGCAGCGAUGCAAGGCUCUUACCAUCCUCACUACAGGGUGCGAAGAAUUUGCUGAUCGUGACUGCGCAUCCUGACGAUGAGUGUUUGUUCUUCGCACCGAGCAUUUUAGGGGUGCUAGACAGGAAUCAUGAUGUUAGAGGAGGCUUGCUGGUUAUGUCUACAGGGAAUAAUACUGGGAUUGGCGAGACGAGGAAAGAGGAGCUGAGAGGCUCCUGUGAGUCGCUGGGCAUCGACCUGGCUAGAUGCGUCGCACUAGAUGAAGCCGAAUUGCAGGAUAAUCCAACGGUAUGGUGGAAUACGGAUCUCAUCCAAAGCAUCGUGACCGAGUAUGUCCACAAAUGGGACAUUGACGCUAUCCUCACAUUUGAUUCAGGCGGGAUCUCCGGACAUAUAAACCACAGGGCUGUUAGCGCCGCUAUAAGCAAUUAUGCAUCGACCAAUGGAGAAGCUCCCAUCGCUUACAUGGUCACCACAACCACCCUUCUCCGCAAAUACACCUUUCUCGGUGACCUCACUCUGACCGCAUUACCCUUUACCUGGCGCAUCUUGGAAGCGAUGGCUUUCCCAUCCCCUGUGGCGGGUCUCAGCUACAGCCACAAAGCGCUGGUUGCCAAUACGUGGCAUCGAUACAUGAAGACUCGCAGUGCCUUCCGCAACCACAAUAGCCAGUACUCGUGGGAUCGGCACUUGUAUCUAGUUUUGAGCCGGUAUGUGUGGUUUAAUGACCUAAAAAAGGUACCUAGCAUAGAGGACAAAGCUUAA